AUGGCGUAUGCUAAACUUUCGGAACAAGAGAGGGUAUCUCUAUUAAUGAUGCGUGGUUGGGGAGAUCGAGUGCGAUCUUAUAAUGAAGUUCGGGUGCUAUUUAAUCGCACUUUUCGUAAUGGAGACGGGUUAAGUCCUGUCUCAAAAUCUACAGUCGAAAGGACUGUACGGCGCUUUAUGGAUAAUGGGACUGUCAAGGACCUUGAGAGAAGUGGUCGGCCAAAAUCUGUAGCAUCUGAGGAGAAACAGAUUGAAAUUGCUCAAGCAUUUGUUGAAAACCCACAUCUUAGUCUACGUAGAGCCGGUAAUGAGUAUGACGCUUCUCAUGAAACAGUACGUAAAGUUUUGAAAAGCAUACAUUUUCAUCCUUACAAGAUUCAUUUGGUACAGGAGCUUAAUGAAGAUGAUCCUGAUCGUCGGAUCGAAUUUAGCGAAACGAUGAUGAACAGAAUCGAUGAAGAUCCUCUUUUUUUGUACAAUAUAGUUUUUUCAGAUGAAGCUACUUUCACUUUAAAAGGUGAAGUGAAUAGACACAAUUGCAGAUACUGGUCCGAAACAAAUCCUGCUUGGAUGUUGGACAGUCACACACAAUAUCCACAAAAGCUAAAUGUUUGGGCUGGCAUCUUGAAUGAUACAUUUAUAGGCCCUUUUUUUAUUGAUGGUAAUCUCAAUGCCGGUAUGUAUGAACAGCUGCUCAGAAAUCAAAUUAUACCAAGAAUAAGAGAAAUAGCAGGUAAUAAUUAUGAUAAUACAUGGUUUCAGCAGGACGGAGCAGCCGCUCAUUACGGUAAGGACGUUCGAGCGUAUUUAGAUACUCAGUUUCAUAAGUGGAUUGGAAGAAGAGGUGAAAUCGAGUGGCCUGCUAGAUCCCCUGAUCUGACGCCUCUUGAUUAUUUUCUUUGGGGUUACUUAAAGAGUAAAGUAUACGCCACUCAACUACAAAACUUAGAUGAACUGCGGAAUCGGAUUAUGCAAGAGGCAGCUUUAAUUGAUAGAGUGAUGAUUCGUAAUGCUGUAUCUCAUUUUUACAACCGCAUAGCUUUUUGUCAAGAAGCUCAAGGUUUGCAGUUUGAACAUCUGCGCUAA